AUGAAAGUUUGCCCCAUUGUGGAAGCGGCGAACAGUUUGUAUGAGAGAGCAUUCAAAUUUGCGUUAAUGCUGGUGACAUUGGGCCACAUCAUCACGAUAGAGAAUCCCACGCGCAGCUGGUUGUGGGAGCUACCCAUCAUCAUGGCAUUAUUGGAAUGUUGUUUCUUUGUGCAUUUACAUGCUUGUAUGUUUGGGGGCGCUCGGAAAAAGAAGACGUCACUGCUGACGAAUGAAUCUAUGUUUGAAUCCCUCAGUGUCUUUUGCGAUGGAUCUCAUGAACAUGCUCCAUGGGGUAUUGACGAAAACAACGAGUUUAACACUGCAAAGGAGGCUCAAUAUCCCCAAGGGUUUUGUGAAGCAUACUGUCAGGUUUUGGCACGCUUGAUGAACACACGUGUGGAGAACGUUGAUUCGAAACAGCUCUACAGACCUUUCUCUCAACCGAGAGGGCGCAAGGUAGCCGCGGCCAGGGGCGUCAUUGAGAUCCUGCUGAAGAAUGGUGAGCGCUUGAGCAGAAUGAUAUGGGCCAUUGGAGUGACCGAACUGCGACUGCCUUGGGUGAAUUAUUUUGACGAUUACCCCAUUUUGACACCUAGCGAGAUUUCUGCCUCAACUAUGGCUGCAGCAAAAGGAAUGUUGAAGCUCCUUGGAUUUGGCUUUGCCGAGAACAAACUGGAGCCUUUCGCAACAAGUGCAGAGGUUUUGGGAGUUGUCGUUGACUGCGGCCUGGUGAGUGAAGGCAAGCUUGUAUAUGCGAUGAAAGAGUCGAGGAGACAGGAAGCUUUGAGUGCGAUCGAGGACAUCCUUGACAAAGGGGCUGUCACUCCUUGUUUGCUGCCGUCGGUCUUGGGACGGCUGGAAUUUGCGGAUGGGCAACUGGCUGGGAGAACAGGCAAAUUGGCUAUGGCAGACAUUCGAUCACUUGGGUUGCAUUCAAAGUCCAGUGUCAGUUUGGACAGUGAUGCGAGAGUUGCUUUGCAGAUGUUGAAGGAAAGAUUUAUGGACAACCGUCCGCGCACCAUAGUGUUGAGCACCGAAGAAUGCCCUUUACUUUUGUAUACUGACGGAUCAUACGAGCCGGGAGUGACAUCCGAAGUGGCAAUGAUUGGUGGAGUGCUAUUGGAUGGUACGGCACCGGCAAGGGUUUUUGGGAGCCACGUCCCAAAGGACCUUCUGGCUCGAUGGCACAACGAAGGUAAAGAACACCUAAUUGGACAGGUUGAAAUGUACGCUGUUGCAGUGGCUAGGGAUGUUUGGAAGGAGCGGUUGCACAACCGGAGAGGCAUCAUUUUCAUCGACAACUGGCCUGUGUUGGAUUGCUACAUACCUGGAACAGCGAAACAAAAAACAUGGAGAGAAAUUUUGCUUAGCAUAGAGAGAGUUGACAAAGAAUUUCCUUCGCAGCUUUGGGCUACCCGAGUUCCAUCUGAGUCCAACAUUGCUGACCCGCCUAGCCGUGGCACUCUGGAACCUAUCAGAUUUUUGGGUCAGCUGCUGAUAGAUGAGCCGAAGUGUCCGAUGACCGGACAACCACUUGAGACAUGUCUUGGCUGA